AUGUCAGCAAAAAAGAAAGGACCGGGUCAAGAUCUGGGAAAAGUCCCACUAGACAUUGGUGCUUAUGAGAAGUUUCUGGAAGAGAGAGUGAGGCAGUACAAAGAAAAAUUGGAAGUGCAGGAGAAAGCAGCUGCUACAGCGAAACCUUCAUCUACAUCCAGUGCCAACACUGCACGUUUGCUUGGAUCAAAGUCCAGUGAGAAGGCUAGGUUGACCAUGAACAUGUUCAGCAAUGAUGGCAGCUUCAUGGACCAGUUCCGCAAAAUGACAGGACAGGAUAAAGGUUUGAUCAAGAAGAGCACAGCAUCGUCCGAGAGCAAAGCUCUGUUGCAGACCAAGGUCAAAGUUGAAACGCCACAGCCAUCAAAACUGGACAGCCAGAAGUACCACAAGCAACCUGGACCUGCUAUUGUGCUGCCAUCUUUCAAGUCUAAAGAGGCAGUUGCCCUUGAAAUCAAACAAGAAGUUGAAGACAGUGACGAUAAAAGCGAACAGUCUGGCGGCUUUGGGAAGUAUGGACCAUGUGAAGUGAAACAAGAAGUUCCUCUAUCACAGCCACAGGACACUACAGUUACAGCUUAUAGCUCGAGUGACUACGACCAGUCUGUUGCUACCUCUCGGACAGGUGCGUCUGUGACAUCCAGUGGUGAGGACUCAGAGUCUGCUGAAUCUACUGCUGCUGAUUGGAAAGUUGGCUAUGCAGCUCUGCAACCACAAUCUCAACAAGUUGGCCCAUACUAUAACCCUGAGGCUACAGUGAGCAUGCAUUCAGUUUCAAGUGCGGAAAUGAUGGUUCAGAACAUGACAGCGCCAUCAGUGACAAGUGCAACAAUGCUACCAACCUCAGCACUUCCACAGCACACUCACAUCAUGCCACACUUAUACAGCCAGCCUCCACUCCAAGUUACCUCCUACAACCUCUCCAGCAUGGCUGUCCAGCAGUUACAGAACACUGACAUGUUGCCCAUCUCCACCCAGGCUUCUCACUUGGUUCUGGUGACAAACUCCAGUGCAUCAAUGCUACCUACACAAGUCAUCCAGCCCACUAUGUAUGUCACCGCACCCCCUCCAUUUCUACCACCUGCCCCUAACCCUGGCCUGUCCGUGCACCACUCACCUUCACCCAUACAGCCAGUCAUGGCUUCAAAUGUACCCAUGCACAUCCCUCCCCCUCCACUCAUGACCAGUUUCACCUCUGCCCAGGCUGCAAUGUUACCAGUUCAAUCUCAGCCCUCUGGAGUGUAUAACCCAAUUUCCCUUCCUCCAAACUCAACCCCUAAUGUGUAUGCCUCACGCAUAUCCAGCACUCCCUUAACCCUACCUUUGUCUGGUCCACCACCCAUGUUAGUGUCCAAUUUACCACUGUCACAGGCUGUAAGCAUGUACGGAGCAUCAGUUCCCACUAGCAGUGUGUACAGUCAUCUGUCUCUGCCAGGUCAACCAUCGCUGCCAGUGAGCUCACAAAUGAACAUGUAUGGUUCCACAGCAGCAGCCCCAACUACUGCCCCUCAAGAAUUUGGCAUGUAUGGACCUAUCAUUUCAGCAGUCAACCCUGUAGUCACUGCUGGGGCAGCCAAAAGACCAGCAGUGCAACAACAGGCAGAGGAAUAUGAUCCUGCUGCACCAACUGAUGAUAUGGAAGGCCAAGGAACAAGUGAACCACACACAUCAAGCUCAUCAUCUGGUCGAGCUAACGACAUCUCGUUUGCUGGAUCCAAGAAGAACCAUCCAAAGUCUGCUGUGUCCUUUGUUUCAUCUGGUUUCUCAGAUGUUUUCACAAAUGAGCACAAACCACCAGUCUGUCCCCCAGAAGAUGAAGAAACUCGAAAUGUCAUAGAACAGUUGGCUGUACAAGUCAUGCUGUCUGGCUCACAGGCAGAGCAGCGAGCCCUGGAGGAACGUGCUGCAGAUCCUUUGUACUGGUUCCUGAGAAACCCAACAAGCGAUACUUACAAGUACUUCCAGUGGAAAGUUGUCCAGUUGUUGAAAUCCUCUGUGAAACAUGAAGCAGAAGUGGAUGCAGAUGAUGAAUGUGGAGAUAAUGAGGAAAGCAGGCAACCAAUCCGAAAGAAGCGCAAGUCGCGGUGGAGUGAACAGAAAGCUCCAUUAGCUCAACCUGGGAUAGCUGCUCCUACAACUCUUGCACCUCCAGGAGUUGUCCUGCCAACUUUAGCUCCUCCAGGGAUCGCUUCUGUGACAUCACUGGGUGCUCCAGCUAUGCCAGGCAUUGCUACCAACAUACAGCUCGGUGGUUUAGCCACAAUCCAGCAACAUGCACUUCCUCCACGAUCUCAGAUACCUGUUCCUAAACCAGUCAGCAUGCAGGAUUAUGCCAGGAAAGUGAUUGGAAGUGACUCCAUCUCUGAGGAGCAGCUGAAGCAGAUCAAAGAGCAGCAGGAAAUGAACUUUAUGUACGAGCUGGUGAUGGCCCAGAAGAAAAUGCAGGAACAGGCAUUGAUGGCGCAGAUUGAAGGGGUCAAGGUGAAAAGGAAGUAUGAAUAUGAUUCCGAUGAAGAAGCAGAAGGUGGGACCUGGGAGCACAGACAGAGAGCCAACGAGAUGGAAGCAACCAAAGUAUGGGCAGAGAAAUUAACCUCAGGAGCUCGGGGCAAGCAUUUCCUUGGAGAUUUUCUUCCACCAGCGGAGCUAGAAAAAUUCAUGGAGACUUUCAGGGUGAGCCUUGAAGAAGGAAGAGAGCCAGAUUACUCCGAGUACAAGGAGUUCAAGCUGACCUGUGAGAACAUGGGUUACCAGAUGUUGAUGAAGCUUGGCUGGAAGGAGGGCACUGGUCUUGGAGCCAAGGAACAAGGCAUCACUCAACCAGUCAACAAAGGGAACACAACCGUUGAAGGCCGGGGCUUGGGAAUUGAUCGUCCAGCUAACCUGACCAAGGAUGACGAUGAGUUUGAUGCCUACCGUAAGAGGAUGAUGUUGGCUUACAGGUUUCGACCAAACCCUUUGAAUAAUCCACGACGGCCAUAUUACUGA